AUGAGCUUGAAAGAAGUAUUCGAACAACAUCCAUGGAGGUCAUUUAAGAAGUUCAAUGAAGCUGCAAAGAGUUCGGGAUUUACUAACAGAGCUGAAGUGAAAAGGUUCUUUGACAAAAAUGUUGUACAUCAAACAAAAAUAAAUCCUUACGACUACUUUUUACCAAUUUACUCCAACACUCCUGACGCAUACCAAUUUGACACUCUCAUUCAAAGCAGAAAAGGAGGACAUAAACCAUUCCUCAUCUUCAUAAAUGUUAACACUCGUAAAGCAUAUGCGUAUAUAAUGAGAAAUAAAGGAACUCAUGAAGUGUUAAGAGUUUUACAAAAGUUUGUAGCAGAACAUAGCCCAAGUAUUUUAACAUCAGACCAAGACGGUGCAUACCUCAGCAACGAAAUCACAGAAUUUCUCAUUAAGCAUAACAUAACUCACUACACUACUGAAGACCAUAACCAUAACAUACUCGGUAUCAUUAACCGCUUCAUAAGGACUCUCAGAGAUUUAAAUCAAGAGCGAGACUUUACCGAAGAAACAAUGAAACAUUUUCUCGAAGUAUAUAAUUCCUCAACACAUUCUACAACAGGACAUACACCAAAUUCAAUGACACAACAACAAGAAGAAAA